AUGAGUGACGGAGGCAAGGGAAAGACCUACGGGACGAAAGGCUGCAAGGAAGAGGAGGAGGUGGCAGUGGCAGUGAUUGCUGGAGUGCUGAGGGAGAAAUUCGGGCCUCAGAUUGUGAGAGAGGAGUUGGAGGAGUGGGGGAAUGGGAUAAGAGGCAGCGAGGACGAAGAGGGGAUGGGGAGAUUGGCAGCUGAGGAGUUGGAGGAGGGGGAGGAGGAGGAGGAGGAGGAAGCAGAAGCAGAAGUGAGUGAGGAGGACGCACCACCCACCACAUCUCCUCCCACACGCCCUCCUCCACUCACCAGCCCUCGGGUCGUAUCUCCCUCCUCCCUCCUCUCCCUCUACCGUUUCUUCUCCUCCCACCUCGGCAUCUCCUCCCCUUCCACUGUCGCUUCCAUCCUCGCCUCUAAGCCUCAACUCCUCCGCUCCAAUCCCACCAAUGACUUCCUGCCACGUGUCCGUCUCCUCCAGUCAUACGGCAUUUCCAAUGCUGAUGUCGCGCACGUGACUCUGAGAUAUCCAGCCUGGCUCCGAUCCUCCCUGCCACGGAUUCAGAAUACGCUUGAGUUUCUUUUGUCUCAAGGCGUCCGCCGAAGCAGCUUGGGCUUGGUGGGGGCAGAAGCAGAUAGCUCCAACACAGGCCACUUGAAGCAGCGACUGGGCAGGCGCCACCUAUGUAGGCUUAUUGUGAUGUUUCCAAUCAUCCUCGGUUGUUCGUCCCACCGCAUUGCAGAGAAUAUCGCCAUUCUCCAGUCGUUCACUCCCCCAGGCACACCCUCCGUUGCGAGCUCUGCGCUCCGUCGUGCCGCCAGCAUCCUCUGCCUUAGCAAAGAAACGCUCUUAGCUAAGCUCCAGUUCCUUGUGGAGCUGGUGGGGGAGGAGGCAACGGAAAGAGUGGCCAGGAGCUGUUCGCAGGUUCUGCAACUGUCAAAGGAGAAUUUGCAAGGCAAGAUGGCUUUAUGGGUUGAUUUGAUUGGCCGAGAGAAUGCUGCGAGGGUGGUGGCACGAUCUCCUCUGAUACUGUGUGCUAGUGAAGCAAACAUGAAGAAUAGUUUUAAAGAGCUUGUACGAGAGGUAGAAGAGGCAUUGGAGAGCAGUGGAAAAGAGGGAAGUGGGACGAUAAGGUUGGGUGGAGGUGAACUUUUGGUAGAGGAGGAUGAGUCUGGAGUACAAGGGGACAAGAGAUGCAGAGCUCGUCGGUUGGUGGUGGAAUUGGUGGUGAAGUGCCCGCAGGCUAUCCAAGUCAGCUGGGAAGCCAAUUUGAAGCACAAGUUGGAGUACUUAAAGCAGGAGAUGGGGCUGACUUUUGCAGAGGUGCUUGCAUUUCCGAACUAUGUUACCUACAGCUUGGACCAGCGAAUCAGACCGCGACAUGUGGCACUGGUGCAGAUGGGGUAUGCAGUUGUGGCACAUGAGGCGACUAGUUGGAGGAGUGUUGGAGACAGGAGGGAUAUUUCCGUUGGAGCUGGGAAACAGAGGAGCAAGCUGGGUUCUGUUUGCUCCUCGCUUUCUGACGAAGUGGAGGGAGUGGGAGGGAUUGAUUGGGGGCCGGAAAGCAGAAAGAGCGAAAGUACGGAUGACAGGCAAGAACAGCAGGGCGAAGGGGAGGAUGGUGGUAUUGAAGUGUUACUUGAGGAGUGUCCAGGCAAUCACGAGCCAGUGGGGAGAGCUGCUGCAGAGCAGCAGCUUGUGAAUGUGGAGGCAGCAAGGACAAUGCCAAUUGUGGCAGGGGCGGUGGGGGGUCCUGUGCUAUGGGCUCUACUUUUCACUCUAGUUUCGAUUAAACCAGGUGCUGGAGAGGAGACGGCAGGGGGGGUAGCAGAACUAGCAGGAGCGGCAGGAGCAGGAGGAGGAGGCGGAGGGAAUAGUGUGAGUGCUACAGCCUUUUUGCUGGGUGCUCUGUUGCUGCUUGAUGGGACCGGAGGGGAUGUGGCUGCUACAGCUGCCUCUCCUACAGCUGUCUCUGCUACAGCUGCCUCUGCUACACCUGCUACAGCUGUUCCUGUGGGUGGCGGUGGCGCCGGCUGUAGCAGAGGAGUUGCUGUUCAGAGGGCUGCUGCUCACGGCCCUGCGAGAGAGGCUCGGCAGCAUGACCCUUGGGAUUGCCGCCGGCCUGCUUGCUGGUGCGAAUGGGCUAUGGCUGUGUUGGAGACAGGAAGGCGGUUGCGACGAGAGCUGGAGAGGAGAGGAGCCAGCUGA